UGUGCGCAUCAGUGGAGCGAAAAGUAUAAAACUGUCAACGGGACACCAGUCAUUUGAACAUUCUUGAUUUGAGUAACGAACAGAAACAAUGUCUUCCACGAGAACCCCGACACAGAGUAAAGAAGCUCUGCUAAAAUCCUACAGCACAAGACUGAAAGAAGAUAUAAAGUCGAUGCUAGAAAAUUUCGAAGAAAUAUUAAAAUUGGCCAAAAUUGACACCGAGACAAAUCUUUCAAAACUGGUGCAGUGUGAACAAGAGGCAUAUGAGAUGCAAGUGAGAGCAGCCAAUAUGGUCAGAGCUGGAGAAUCCUUAUUGAAAUUGGUCUCUGACAUUAAGCAGUACUUAAUUUUAAAUGACUUUUUAUCAGUCAAUGAAGCGAUAUCACAAAAUAGUAAAUUGUUCCGUGCCAAGCAAAACGAGUGCGAUCAAAAACUGGCCAAUCUAAGAGAUGAUAUGGCGACUGAGUUAUAUGAUCUUGAAGAGGAAUACUUCACAUCUGUGCAUAAAUAAUCAGGUCGAACUCUGUAAUUUUUCUUGUAUAUAGUUUUUUUUAAGAUAGAUGUUUGCUUUUCAAUUGGAUAUCAAUAAUAAUUUAAAGACGGAACCGUGAUAACAUUUUGUCAACUUGCAAUAUUGUUGUAAUUAGAGGAGUGGCGAAGUCAGCCCAGAAAUCAAAUAUUUGAUUCCAUUUUCUGAAACUUUUACUAAAUGUUUCUAUAAAAGCUCUAAUGGUACCUUACAGAACAUAAAAAUGAAAUUUGUAAUAGAGCCUUUUAAAGAUGUAUUAAGCAGAAGUUACAAGGUCAACAAUUUUAUUUUUGAGCGGGUUUCACAAUCUCUCUAAAUUAAAAAAAUUAUUGUAUUGCUAUAUAUAUGUGCUGUUUCUAGAAUUUUGAAUAUAAUAGUGUGGCAGUAUUACUUAUGUACGUCAGGAGUGUAAAUAAUCAAAAAAUUUAUGUUAUACUUAUUAUUUAUUGUAAUGAGCUAUUGGCAUGAUUACAACUCACGAAGAACUAUAAUAUUACAUAGCAGAGUAAUACUAAUUCAUUAUAAAUAAAUAAAUAAUCCAAUGAUUUAAUUAUAAAAUACAAUAAUUAGGAUAAAAAUAAUUUCUAUAAAUCGCUGAUACUAAUUUCGCUGAAACAACAAUGAUUGAUGAAAUCAAUGAUAAAUGAACAUGUAUAUUACAAUGUACAAUUAGUUUUUAUGAACUUUUUUUGCAAAAAGUAAGCAAAAAACUGAAACCUUGAUGUUAUAAACAAAUUAACAAGUAACAAAAUGCUUAUGACACAUAAUUUUAAUUUAUAUAGAUGAAUGUGGUCAUUUUAGUUCAUAAGUGUAAAAAAUUUUUUCACAAUUAUAUGAUUGAUUUAGAUUUUAAGUAAAAUUUGGAAUGAUGCAAAAAAAUCUCAAAAAAUUGAUAAAAAAAUAAAUUUCUUUAUGAAUGUUUUUCAAAAAAAGGCUCUAACUAAUUUCUGAUUCUUUAACCAAAACAAAAAAAUAACAUUUUCUAUUACAAUAUUAGACACUGAUGCUAUGACACAUACUAUAAUUGCUAAAUAUUAAUUACAAAAAUGCAAUGAGACAUCACAAUUACUUAACUAUGUGACAUCAAAAAUGAGGUAUUUUUCGAUUUGAUGACAAAACCAUACAACGACAAUUGCGGAAACCAAUUCAUGACCAAACAGACCAAACGUAAUCAAAGAAGUCUUUCACAAGUUAAUAUGUUUCAGUACGUCACUUACAUUUAUGAUCAGUCCAUGAUCUCGUAAUAAGUUAAAAUAACUUGAAUCGGUCGUCUUAUUGAAUGGCUUGUUUUUUGCGUUGUUCACACAAUUUUCGAUGGCAAAGUCUUUUAUAUUCGUCGAUCAAAAAUCAAAAAUUGAAAGGCAAGAAAGCACUCGUCAACAGACAUUUAUCGUAAAAC